AUGGGUCGUCGUCCCAUGUACCUGAUCUCCACCAUCGGUACUCUUGUUGUCUUCAACAUUGCAACCAUUCUUGCUGCUCGCUAUGCCGCAACACCACAGAGCACGCUUGGUGGGGCAUUCGUCGGCAUGUUGUUCGUCUACGGUUUCUUCUACGACUUUAAGUAUGUUGUCCGUGCUGCUGUCCGUGAAACAGACUGCUGA